CCAAUUUGGACAACUACUCAACAUAAAGGUGAGCAUAUUUUAUUGUUCUCUUAGGUGGGGUUGAUAAAAUACUGCCUUGCCUGUGGAGAACAUGAUCACAGCCAGCUCCUAGCAGCCCCACUCUCCUCUUUACUCAUGAUACGAUGUCUUCUGAGAUCGAAGCAAACCACUUAUACCCAAGAGCACAAGAUGAAUUAGAUUACUCCAAACUUGGUUCCCCCUUUUCUCAUCAAGAUGCCAUCCCAGCCAAUCCAACAAUGGCAUUCCUCAGCAUCCAUCACCUGCAUCGCGAGACAUGUCAUGCCACUCCAAUGAUCACCACCACCUCACCCUCGCUUCCAUCGAUCCAAGCUGCUUAUCUUAAGCGCCACCUCUCCAUCGGUCUUUCAAGUCCUAAGAUUAUGGACAGGACCCAACAUGGAGCUCGGCUUCUGGAAGAGCUUGAUCUCCUCCACAGAGCGAGGAUUCCUCCUGAGGCCACGAGCCAAAGGAAUGUGUUCUGUAAUUGGAGGUGGAAAGUACUCAACUUCCUCGAUGACAUCAGGAGGCGACGGUCCCGGUGCGUGGUGUGCCUCCAGAUCCAUCAGGUAGGUGGCCUGCCAUCAGCCAUGGACGGCCAGGUUUUGGUUGUCGGAUGGAAGACCAAAGGGUGCAAGGGAGAGCACACGCUCCCCGUUCAUGUCUGCGAAGGGAUUGCCAGCUUCGACGAGAUAUUCUUGCAUCAUUGCAGUACCGACGUCCGAUCGAUCUUGAGGAGUUUCACCAUAUGGGUGUCUUUAGUCGAUGCAGCUGAUUGUGAUCUUGGCACGUUUCAUGUCGAUCUUAGUGAAUUGGCGAUGGCCGGGAAUUUGCAUUCCAAUUUCGGUGGGAAGAGCAUGAGCUUUAUUCUUGGAGGGAUGGCCAGUGGCGGCGCGCUAAACCUUAGUGUGUGCUGUAGGAUGUUGGAAGAAGCUCAAGAUCUUGUUGGGCAAAAGCAAAACAAAAGCAAGUUCUUUGCAUGCCUCCCGGAUCUUGGUUGCCUCCGCAGCCGGUCGGUGACUGUUACUGCACGAAGAGUCCCCUCCCUGCGAUCGGAGCGUGGCUUCAUCACGAUCGAGAACUCUCUUCCAACUGAUGAGGAAGAUGGGGGAUUCAUAACUAUGGAGAAAGGAACUGUUUGUGCUCGCUCACGAGGACCGCCUUCUGAUCAUCUGGUGAACACUGAUGAUGAAAGCGGCGGGCUUGAAGACGAGAAGCCUUGCCUGGUGACGGACGAGUUUGAUGUCGAGAAAGUGGAGGAUGAGUUCCUUAGAAUGCUAGAAGAGAAGUAUUGGAAGGGAGAGGGUGGCGAGGUAUGGAAGAGGGGAGUGGAAGGGAGUUUGAGCUUGAGUUUAGAUUUGAGCCUGGAUUUGGAUUUGGACUCACUGAUAAAGGAAGCGGAGAUGGAGCUCACAAAGGCAGCACAGGUGUGGAAGAGUAGAGCGGAGGCAGCCCUCCUGGAGAAAGAAGAGUACGAGGAGCUGCUGCUGAAGAGAUGGGGAUCAAAUGAGAACUCUACUUCAGGGUGCUCUGGGGGGUAUGGGUUCGGUAGUCCCAUCUAAUAUGAAAAUUCAUCACCACUGCUGCAUUCAAACUUAUGAGCACAUCACCUACUGUUGUUGUCAAAACAUUUCAUUUGUAGUUGAUAUAUUAGAGAAGGCAUUCUAUAUCUUCCAAUUGGGUUAUUUUC